UAGGCUCGCGACUUUAAAGGGCGGGUGGCGUUUAGAGGAACUGCGCUGGCAGAUGGCAGGAAUACGUUGCGCUGCACAGGAACACAGGGCUUUAAUCACCGUGAAGAACCGACGGUGUUCUGCGAGACUGCUGCUAUAGGCGUUUACAGAGGAAACGACGAGACAGAAGGCGUGUUGAAACAGCACGCUGUUUGAGGAAGCCUGGCUCAGCUGCCCCGUGCCCUGUGAUUUCCGGACCUGAUGGAAGGCGGCGGCAGCUUCCCACUUAAGAGCAGGGCUGCAAAAAGCUCCAUAAUGCUGGUCGUGCAGCCCCACUUUAGCUGGCUUAAGGCUCCUGAGCACUGCUGGGGUGACGGUGCCUUCUGUAGCUCCCGCUACUGAGCUUGUGUGGAAAAAUGGCAAAGAGAAUUGCAGAAAAGGAACUGACCGACAGAAACUGGGAUCAAGAAGACGAAGCUGAGGAGGUGGGAACCUUCUCAGUGGCUAGCGAGGAAGUCCUGAAGAACAGAGCUAUUAAAAAAGCAAAGCGUCAGAAUGUUGCAUCAGAGCCUGAAAGUAGAGGAGCGUUUAAAGGGUUUAAAGGCUUUGUAUUGCCUUCUGGAAAAGAAGGAGGUGGCUUCAGCGGAUUUGGUAAUGGUGCAGGAAUAAAGCCUUUAGAAGGCCUGUCUAAUGGAAACAGUAGUAUCUUCAGUACUCCUUUCAGUGGUUUAAAGACAACAUCUGAAACAAAAUCUGCUUUUGGAUCCCCUGUGUCAAAUGGUCCGACUACAACCACACUUACUGAGAAGGCGGCUGCAAGCCCAAAAACCAAUGGUGGCAGCCAACCAUCAUCAUCUGGCUAUACUCAGAGCAAAGUCUGUAGCUCUAGUGUUUAUCACAAACAGCUAGCAGCUCUAAACUGUUCUGUGCGUGACUGGAUAGUUAAGCAUGUAAACACAAACCCACUAUGUGAUCUGACACCUAUCUUUAGAGACUAUGAGAAGUAUUUAGCAACUAUCGAACAGCAGCAUGGAAACAGUAGUGAUAGUGGCUCUGAAAACGAAAGCAACAAGACACCUGGCACACAGCCUGCUUCCACAUUCGGGAAUUCAAAGCUACAGCAAGGAUCAACUUUUCUAUUUAACAACAAAACUGAGGAUGCCUCUGACAAAAAAACAGAAGCUGCAUCGGAGAAAAGCGACCCAUCAAUAGGAGCUACGUCAACUGUCUCAUUUAAUAUUGGCAAGAGUGGUCACAGUGAGGGUUUGAGUUCCUUUGGUUCGGGAACACGUAGUAGUUUCUCAUUUUCUCCUGGAAAUUCAGGUUUGUUUGGAAAAGAUGCAAACCAGGCAAAAUCUGUCACUGUGGUAUCCACCAAUGCAUCAGAAGCUCAGACAGAAAGUGGGAACAGUGAGGAUAAAGGUGGAGAAGAGGAGGAGGAAGAGCCACCAAAAGUCAUUGUUAAUGAAAUAAAAGAAGAUGACGCUUUCUACUCAAAGAAGUGUAAACUGUUCUACAAAAAGGAUAAUGAAUUUAAAGAAAAAGGUGUAGGAACAUUACACUUAAAACCAGCAGGAAAUGAAAAAACUCAACUCCUAGUCCGAGCAGAUACCAAUUUAGGAAACAUACUGUUGAACGUUCUAAUUCCACCCAAGAUGCCAUGUACAAGAACCGGAAAAAACAACGUUCUUAUAGUUUGCGUUCCUAAUCCACCCAUCGAUGAGAAUAACCCAACUGUUCCUGUCCCUAUGUUAAUAAGGGUGAAAACAAGUGAGGAUGCAGAUGAAUUGCACAAAAUCUUACUCGAGAAGAAGGCGGCUUAAGCAUGUUGCAGCCAAUGAUCUGAGAAAUUAUUGCCAAACUGCUGCUGCUCUAUUUUUUUUCCCCUUCCAUAUCUUCACUUGAACACUUAACUCUUUAUUCUGAUACUAAGAACUACUAUAGAAAGUCUGGAAAAAAAAUCUGUGAGGAAAAGGUAAACGAGCUAAUAAAAGUUUUAAUAGAACACAAGUUUUGGACUGUGCUCCCUCAUUUUUCAUUGUCGAAAUGCAGGACCUCUCUUCUGGAUAAACUACACUGACUGAAAUUAAAGCAUGUUUUUAACACUGGUCAGUUUGACUGAAUGGACUGAAAUCAGAGUAUAAAAUAUGGUACCAGAGAUUCCUCACAGACUGCAGUGCAAUGCAACGGCCUCCUAUUUUGCGAGGAUAUUCCAAUAUCCUGUAACUGUUGAAACUGUUUCUGUACUCAAGAUUUUUAUUUUUAAUUGGUCCAUCAUUCUGGUGAGACUUAAUUUUUCAAACUGUCUGUAAUGACAAUGUGCCCGAACAGCAACGAUGUAUAUUGUACUGUGUUUUAACUCUUACAGACUUUGUGUGAUUCUGGGACUGGGGGAUUCUGGGAUUCGCAGACUGCAUCUCCAGCUAUUUAAUACAAAGUUAGCUUGCAUAGUCUUAUUGACAAUUAGUGUUUCUUAGAGAAGAACUGGCAGUUCUGUUCUUACUGUAGCAACAAGCUAAUGAUGUGCAAUAGUAUAAGCGGACAACUGGAAGACUGUUUAUCUUGGACCACAACCACAGCUGGCAUUUACUGGCUUCUGACAAGUCAGAGGCAAAGGUUCUGAUGUUUUCUUCCCUCAUCUGUUGGGCUAUCACUGCAACGCAGCAGAGGCAGAGCAGGAAGGGUACUUGUCUUGCUAGUUGCUAGUACUUGAUGAAGAUAGCUUUGUGAAAGACAAAGUUCAGGAUCUUUACAAAACCUUGUACUCUGUCCAAUGCAUGCACAAACAUAUGUCAAUAAUUAUCUUUCCCGUGUGCUCAAACUGCAGUGCAUUGCUGCACUACCUAAAGCAGUGGUUCACAGCUUUGGGAUGAUCUUUCUAUCCCAACCAGGGAGCACGCACUUAUUUAAUUAGUAACAGGUUUUAGCAGAGUUGAAACAAACCACAUGGCAGUGAUUCACAGAUCCACAGAGUAGAACAUUGUUUUGUUCUCUGUUUCCAUCAGACCUUGUUCAGUUAUUUAAUCCUUUUAUUUUUCAAGUCUUGCCCUAGUUGGCUGGCAAUUCCCUCAUAAAUAUUUCUCUGCUUCAUUUCCGUCUCUGAGAACUAUCAGAGAUCUGGAUGCUAAUGUUUGAUUUGACUUCUGAUUUGUUACAGGGACCAGCUCGGGAUUUGGAAGAAACACGCCACCCUGCUUCUGGCUAAUGAGGCACAGAAGGAAAAACCAAACAUUCACUAAUGCAGCAGCAGCAUGAUGUAACUCUCACAGGGGCCGAUACAAUCUGUAACAGUGGCAGCCUGUGGUGAAAAAAAGAAGUACCUUUUGAGAUUCUUGUGCCAGCUCUCCAUGAGGGAACAAAUGGCUGCUUUUAGUCCUAGUUGACCGCACAAUUCAGGUUAAGGCCAUUUUUUUCCCCCCUGUUAACCAUGAAGGAGGAAAACCUGAUAGCAUCUACAGCCCUCCUGACCAAAGUUCAGAAACAAAGGCCUUUGUUCACAUUUCAGCUUCACUGAGAUAACUGGAGUUCCAUUUUUAACACUCAAUCAAGUGUAAGGGGAAUAUAGGUACCGCGUCAAGAAUUAUUCGAUAAAUACAAAGUUGUGCCUUUAUUUUCUUGCAUCCAGCUUAGUGCUUUACUGUUGAUAACUGACAUAACUUUCUUCAGUUUUUAUUUUUCUAAAGUCUUGCUGAUACCUGAACUGGAGGCCAAAAGCUGAAGGCUUUCAUAGUAAAUGUGUAUGAAUGAAAAACAGAACUAUUGCCUGAAAGUUGAUUUAUAGGCUCAGGUGUAUCAUCCAAGGGCUCAGUUGAUUUGUCUUAUGAUUGUAGUGUCUUAACCUGUCUCCAUGCAGCAUCAUUUAUAGGUUAAAUUGCUGGAUGGGGUGAGCAGAUUCUUGUUAUGCUUCUCACUUUAAGAGUAAUUCGGUACAGAUGGUUUCAGGGGUCUUAGUUUUAUGUUUAUUUCCUAAAGCCCGUGGGUACAUAACUGCAUAUACAUUGAAGUGUGGACCAAUUAAAACAGUUAAGAGACAAACUGAGCUUCCUAGGUAUCCUUAAUGACUCACCUCCAAAGCAAGGCAGUCACAGCAUUGAUACGCUGGAGAACAAUAUUCAUGGCGGCAAGGAAUAUCUUCUGUUAGCUGUGGGAAAGACUAACAGAGAUGAAGCAUCACAAUUCUUUAACAGUGUAUGUGUUUAUCAGUAAAGCCUAGGGAAAGGUAAUAGAAAUCUUGUGUUAAUUACAAUGUCUUACAUUGUCUUAUACAUGGUCUUAAAAGCAUGGCUUGAAAAAUGGGAAAGAUUAACUGCAAAUUAGAGAUUUAAUCAACAUCAUUCUUAGUGACCCUGCAAUUAUUUGUACUAUGAAGCAGGAGAAGUUAGUCAAACGUCUGACUUGGUGUUCAAUUAUAAAGCACAAUCCUUCUCAGUACUGUUUCUAAAACAAAUCCAUGACAAACCUUCAGUUUCUAUUUAAAUAUUGAAAUGAAGUGAUAUUUUUAAGAAGCCAGUGAUUAUUACAUAGAAAACUGAGUUAAAAGCAAGUUAGUGGGGAGAACAGAAACCAAUUUAUGCCUUCAUAACUAAGUGGCUACACAAGGAAGGACUUUGACCAGAGUUCCUGUACAAUGAGGCAUUCCUGUAUCAUGGUUGAUACUUAAUAUAUUGGACAGCCAGAUAUCAGACAGACCUAAAGUUGCCUCCCCUAAUUAGAGUGAAUGCCUAGACUGUUAAAGCUGUACGUAGGUGCUGGAGUGUCUAAUGGGUGAUAUGCAUUCUUCCUUUUGUUGCAAUUUUGAUGUUUCAGCAGCUUGAAAGCCUUUUCCCCUCCCACCUUUCUGCACCUCCAAGAAAAGAAAGUGAAGAUCUCAGCUUCUUUUACUUCUCAGUGCCAUCUCUAAGAGAGAUUAUUACACUUGUUGUGUAUUUUAUUUUAAGAUACCAGAUUGCUGUUUGCAAAGUCUUUUGCAGUGUACUUAAACAACCUAUUUGGGAACACAACAGCAUCUUCCUUUAAUCUCUUUGUGCUGAUGGAUGUGAAAACUCAGAUCUGUAGUUUAAAUGAAGACAUUGCAGAAUGCAAACCAAUGAAGACAGGUAAGGUUUUAGUAGCAGGAACUCUAGUUCAGCUCCCUUUGCAGCACUGUAACACUGAAAAUGUUCUUAAAGACUUACUUCCCGAUGCCUUAACUUAUUUGCAUCUGCUAAAGUUUUGUAGCUGGUGCCUGUGUGCAAAAAUUUACCGUCAUUAAACAAUUUUAAGUGGCACGAUUUAGUAUAAAUGGAAUGGAAAUGCUGAAUGUGAUGAUCUCUUAAUAGACUUCAAACUGCUCUAAGUUUUUUCAAUGGAUGCUUAGUUUUCACAUGACUCGUAAUAAUGUUUUCAUUAGUUCUAAUGCAUUGAGGAAGUGUACAAAAAUCCAUGGGAAAUGUGAAUAAAUGAAUGAGAGAAA